AUGUCUAUCCCCAACACGCCCUUCACCCUCCCCGCGACCUUCCCCGUCAUGGGGGUGGGCGUCGUCGCCCUCCUCUUCCUCAAUGUGUUCCAGAUCACCAAUGUGGUCGGCAAGCGCAAGGAGGCUGGCGUCAAAUACCCCACCCUCUACGCUACGGCCGAGGAGGCCAAGGCCGACCCUAAGAAGAACGUGUUCAACUGCGCGCAGCGGGCGCAUGCCAACACUCUCGAGUACCUCCCUACCAUUCUUUCCUUGUACGCCUUCCUCGGUUGCUUCCACCCCCAGCUGGCGACUGGAAGCGUCCUCGUUUGGGUGCUUAGCCGGUUCAGCUACACUAUCAACUACUCGACUGGCAUCCCGGCCAAGCGCAACGGCGGUCUCGGUCGCGUCGGGAACCUCGGCCUUGCUGGCCUCAUCUUCCCCACCAUCUACGUGGCCGCCACCGAGGUGUACCGUCUCUACCUUGCUUAG